GGUUCCGCCUUCUCUCCAUCUCUCCGCCUUUCUCCCUCUUCUCUCCAACUUGCCCUAUUCUUUCUGCGUCUUAUGGGAAGGACGGGACUGAGAGGAUCGAGCGACUGUAAUUGCGUCAUCGACCGCAGCACGAGUUCCGGGAGAAGAAGAUGAAGCGUUUCGCGUAAAUUGGCAUUAUUUCAUUAAGCUAUAAGAAAAUGAACCAAGAUGAUUUGGGAGCAACUACUGCUCCUGCUUCAGCUGAUUUUCUACUUGCAAAAAGAAAGCGUGGCCGACCACGCAAGGAUGAGAACCUUUUGAAUAGUGAUAAUGCUUCAGUAGUAGGCAGGGUGAGACGUCGACGCAGGAAAGCUGAUUCUACAUACUCUGACAAUGCCAUGGUGGGACAAAUAGUAUCAGGCGUACUGGAUGGGUCAUUUGAUUCUGGUUACUUGCUUACUGUUAGAGUUGGUGAUACUCACACUGUUUUGCGAGGAGUAGUUUUUGAACCUGGUCGAUCUGUGCCUAUAACUGCUGCAAAUGAUGUUGCUCCACAUGUCAAGAUAUUUGAGAGGGCUGAGGUAGCUAUCCCGGCAAAUGAACCAUGCAACCUGACACCUGCUUCUAUCCAUAUGUUACAACCUGUAUUUAAGAGUGACAGAUCUGCCAGGUGUCUCCAUAAAAGUGAUCCUUCACAUCGACAUAGAAUAUCUCCUAGUGAUGUCAGGAAGGAACAAGCUGUACAAACUGAGAAAGUUAAAUGCUCAGAUGAGCUGCCACAGAAACAAGCUUCUACCCUUGCUGAAAAGGCACUAGAAAAUGAUUCCUGCCAACUGUUACAUGCUACAUCCCAAUCUUUAGAUGUAGAUACUAAAGCGACACACACAUUUUAUACUUCAAAAAAAGGUGAAUCAAACCUUCCAGAAGGGCGGUCACAUGAAACUGGACAAGCACCAUUAACAACCUCUGAAUCUGAGAAUGGCAGCAGUUCGAAGAAACAGGUUACAGAUGACAUUGAACCUGCACAGCUCAAGCAACCACAUAAUGAUGUGAAAGAGGCUUCAGAAAGCAUUGAACUUGCACAGGUAAAAAGAUCACUUUAUGAGGGAAAUGAGGUGCCUGCAGUUACACCACUAGUUUUAUCGUCUAAAGUCAAGACCGAGGAUGUGCAAGAUAUGCCAAAAGAAUUGACUGUUCCAUUGCCUAUGGAGCUGCCCUGUGAUGCUAAUGAAGAAUCUAGGCCCCUGCAGACUGACAUUAAAAUGGAAAAGUUAGAUUCUGAGCCACGAGAUGCAAUCAUAUCUCGGGAAAAUGAAGAUAUUCCUUCCCAGCAUGAGACUGCAAAAGAAAGUGGGACUCAGGGGCCAAAAGAAACUAUUCUAGCCUUGGAUGAACCAGAUGCAAAUGAGGACGAAGAAGUUGUAUCCCAAGCACUGGAUAUAAUGUCUGAUACUAAACAGCCCUUACUUCAGAUUCAUCCAGAAUUUGAAGGUGCCAUCUCGAUGGGUGCACCUAGAGCUGCAGUGCAUGAUUUAUUUUCUGAAGCAAAGACAGAUAAAUUGGUUGAUACUAUUAAGUUUGGUGAUGACUCUGCUUUGCCAAAGACAGAAUCAGUAAGUCAAUCAGAUGUUGAAACUCUAUGUGGAACUCCACAAAAUGUGCUUCCUGCAACUGGAAUAGACCAACUUGCUGAGAUUGGGAUAUUAAAGGAUGAGAAGUUUGCUGUUGUGCCUGUGGUUAAAUCUAUUUCUAGUCCUAACCAAUCGGCUCCUACAGUGCCUGAAGAAUCUUUGAUGCCUGAUGUUCAAAUUACUGGCCAGGUAGUUGGAAGCAAUCAUGGAGAUGAGAUUGAUGAUCCCCAAGGUUUACAAUUCAUUGCACUAGACAAGCCGGUUGUAGUUUCUAUUGCUGAGGAACCUUUGUUGCCUGAUGUUGAAGCUACUAGCCAGGCAGUUCCAAGCAAUCACAGAAAUGAUAUUGUUGAUCCCCAAGGUUUACCAUUCAUUGCAGUAGACAAGCCAGUUGUAGUUCCUGAAGAACCUUUGUUGCCUGAUCUUGAAACUGCUGGUGGGGCAGUUCCAAGCAAUCACAGAAAUGAGAUUGUUGAUUCCCAAGGUUUACCAUUCAUUGCAGUAGACAAGCCAGUUGUAGUUCCUGAAGAACCUUUAUUGCCUGAUCUUGAAACUGCUGGUGGGGCAGUUGCAAGCAAUCAAGGAGAUGAGAUUGCUCAUGCUAACCCUGAUGAUCCCACAAAUUUGCCUGUGGAGAAGCCUCCUCUUUCUCAAGAUGGGGUAUUGAGUGACGAUGCAGUGGUCCUAGAAGCAUCCAAGAAUGGGAACUUUGGUGGUUGGGAGGAGGUAAUGGUGGAGCCUUGUCAGUCCAGAGAGGAGGCUGCAAAAGUAAGUGGCACAGGCGUCAACAGCAUAGCAAAUCAUCCUUGAGUGAUUUUUUCUCGUUACCUGUCAAAUAGAUGGUUGAAAUGGAUGAAGAUUGACAUCUUCUCUUUUCUUCCUUGAAGUUUUUACAUUGCACCGUUCUACUGAAUCAAUGAUGUACUUGCAGAUCUCUAACUAAUCACGUAAUCAACCUUACUGUCA